AUGACAACUGACGUUGUUGUCAAACUUGAAGAGCCUCGCGGCGUCACAUGCGGGCUUUGUUUUAACGUUCUUAAUCACCCGCUCACGUUUGAUUGUCAGCACAGUUACUGCGCCGACUGCGUGCGGGCCAAGCUAGAGACGCAAAGCAGCAACGGUUUUGCCUGUCCUCUCUGUACUCUGUUCUACCCCGCGGUAUCGCUGCGAAACCUGGAGAAUUUUUCUGACGCAACCCUCGCAAAUCAUGUGAAGAGGAUUGCAAACGGGGCGGAUGGCCAAGAUAUGUGCCAGUGGUGUGAAGAGGUUCCAGCGGUAGUGCACUGCAAUGAAUGCAUGUUUGUCUACUGCAGCGAUUGCAACGCGGCAGUUCACAAGAGCGCUGCGAAGCGUGGUCACGUGACAGGAAAAAUUGGGGACCAACAAAAACUGCGAGGGAUACAUAAAAAGUGUCACAUUCGCGGCCAUGAAGAGUACCGUGCCGAGUUUUACUGUUCGCCGUGCGAGGAAAUGUGCUGUGCGUAUUGCCUGCAAGUCGGACCGCACAAAAACCAUGAUAACACCAGCGUUGCACGGGCAGCGGCCGAUGUCCGGCAACAGCUGUCGCGAGACAUGGGUUUGAUCACUGAGAAAAAGAUGCGUCUUGAAAGUCAAGCCAGUGAACUUAAUCGUGUGACGGCACAAUACUUUGCUUCCUACGAUAACGUUGAAAACCUUCUCACGGAACGUUUUGAGCACUUCAAGCAACAGCUGUUGCAGCGCGAAGUAGAACUACGCAAGUUACUUGCGUCUUUGAGGGAGUCGGGUGAUGCCUCACUCGUAUCGUCGCGUAAAUUGUUUUUGAUGAAGCUCAACGCGCUGAAUGAGGCCAUGCUACGCUUUCGACACAUACAGCAGGGCGGCUCCGACUACGAGGUACUGGAGAGCCGCUCCCUUCUCUAUAGCUUUCUCAAGACCGAGGCCCCGGCUGUGUUGGGCAGUGGGUUUAGGGUCUCCAACCUCGGAGAUAUGGUGAUUUCGGGGCUGGAUCUCCAGUUGGACCUGCAAACUGUGCGUGCCGCGGAGCCGCAGAGCACCGACCCUGUGGAGCGGAUGAUGACUAACGGGACUUCUGCGGGCGGAGUGACGACGCGUCAAUCUGGCGAGGCCGUGAAUGGCAACCGGCGCCUCCGUGCGGGAGUCGCAUUGCCGCCAGAAGCACCGCUGCGUCUCACAUUUCCUCUGGACGAUGACGUGGAGGCCACAGCGAAAAGUGACGGUGUUCUGCUGCGCUGCGUUGCGCGUGGCGGAGGUGGAGGUGGAGUGACGCAAAUAGGUGUGCGAAGCAAGGAGCUUUUGGAAACCGUUGCUCGCUUAUUUCCUGAGGAUGGGGGCCGCGUUACAUGGCGGGUACGCCUGGAGUCCAUCGCAGAGUCGUUCCUUGGCGUUGUGGAGAAGACAGACGCCACUGCCAUUCCAGAGGGUUUCUACUGGUGCCCUACGAGGAGCGGUGUGGUCGACGGGCACAUUGGUCACCUCAACCCUCUUCUUCAGCAACUGCCUGUGUGCCGCAACGGCGAUGUGCUUUGCUUUACAUACGAGGUGCGAGAGAGGACCUUGGGCCUCGCCUUGAAUGGAGAGGAUUGCGGCAUCAUUCUCACUGACUUGCAUCCCCGCAUAGCAGCGUGUUUUAUUUUUUAUCCUGGAGAAGCGUUGACAGUCUUGUCUUGA